UUAGAAGAACAUGUAGGAAAAUACCUUUAUGAUCUCUGGAUAGGAAGGAAUUUUAAAAAAUAAUAACCACUAAGUUCAAAGGAUAAAAAAAGGGUAAACGUGACUACAUUUACAUUCACUAAUAUUCACCAUAAAGAAGUGAAAAGAUGGGUAAGUACACAGAGAAAGCCUCUAAAAUAUUGAUAACAUUUUCUGAGUUCCAUGGAAGUGUUCAUUUUGUUAUUGGUGGCACACAGCUGUAUUCCCAGUGGCUUGGGAGGCUGAGACAGGAGGAUCAUGAGUUCAAAGCCAGCCUCAGCAAAGUCGAGGCUCAAAGCAACUCAGUGUGACCCUGUCUCUAAAUUAAAAUUAAAAAAUACAAAAUAGGGCUGGGGAUGUGGCUCAGUGGCCGAGUGCCCCUGAGUUCAAUCCCUGGUACCCCCCCAAAAAAUUACUUUAAAAUAAUAAGCAAAUAAAAAAAUCACAAAUUUGGAGAUAUUUACCACAUUUAUUUAUUUAUUUGCUUGUUGUUUAUUUAUUUCUGCAGUGCUGGGGAUUGAAUUCAAGGGCACUCUACCACUGAAUCUACAUCCCUAGCCCUUUUUUAUUUAUUUUGAGACAGGUUCUCACUCAACUGCCAUGGCUGGCCUAGAACUUGUGAUCCUCCUGCCUCAGCCUCCUGAGUCAGUAGGAUUAUAGGCGUGUGCCACCACACCCAGCUGACAAACCUGAUUUUGUUUUGGGCGGGGAGGUAGCAGCCCUAUUUUGUAGUUUAUUAGAGACAGGGUCUCACUGAAUUGCUUAACACUUUGCUAAAUUGCUGAGGCUGGCUUUGAACUCAUGAUCCUUUGCCUCCACCUCCCAAGCUGCUGGGAUUAUAGGCUUGUGCCACCACACUGGCCUGAUUUUUUAAAAACAAUGACUGUGGAAAAAAAGUAAACAAAAAUAUGGUGCCUAUAAAUGACAAUAAAGUACUGUAUAUUUCAAAAAGAUAGAAGAAAGGGUUUUGAAUAUUUUCACCAUAAGAAAUGAUAAACGUUUAAGAAGAUAGCUAUGUUUACUCUGAUUUGAACAUGAGAUAAUGUAUAUUUAUAUUAAAACAUCACAUGAUACCCCCAAAAUAUGUAUAAUCUUUAUAUUUUUAUGUAUCAUUUAAAAAUAAAUUCUAAAAGUGCAAAAAUUAAGUGAACAAAAGAUAUGAAUUGGCACUUCACAGAGAAGCAAAGAUGGUUAAACACGUGAAAAGAUAUGAAACCCACAUUAGCAAUAAAUAAAAUUUCAAUUAAAGUCAGUAAUUAUAGUUUUAUACCCACAAACUAAAAAACAUUAAGUCUGCAAUACCAAGUGUUGGUUAGGAUGUACACUGACUGGAGUUUUUGUACAUUAUUGUCAUAGUGUAAAGUGGUAUAAUCUCCUUGGGAAUUAACUUAGUAUUAUCCUAUGAAGUUAAAUAUGCAUACAUUCUACAACCUAGCACUUUCUUUCCUGUUUCUCUCUCUCUCUCUCUCAUAUACACGCACACACACACACACACACACACGUACGCACGAGAAACUUUCCCACCUGCACAUAUGAAAUCUCUCAUCUCUAAGUUCCUCUUUUUCUCUUGCAAUUAAAAAAAAAUCCUUAACUGAGUUGUUUGUCUUGCAGGGUCCUAAUUUCUUGAACCCACUUCAAUUGGGCUUUCAUCCCUAUACUCCACCAAAGAUGCUCUUGUCAAGGUCAUCAGCAACCUUCAUGUUACUACAUCAGUCAAAUCUCAGUCCUCAUUUUACUUAAUCCAUCAUCAAUUGAUCACUCUCCUCCAAAAGCAUUUUCUUUACUUGGCUUUAGGAAGACCACAUCUCCUAGUUUAUCUCCCAUCUCACUGGCCACUCCUGUCCUUGUCUCCUCUGGGGCAUUCUUAUCCAUCUACACUUACUCCCUAGAGAUUUCAUAUAGUCUCAUAGCUUUUCAUUUCUUUGUGUUAAGGGCUGGGAAUGCAGUUCAGUGCUAGAACAUUUGCCCUAGCAUGCUCAAGACUGGGUUUGAUCCCUAGCACGGCAAAGAAGCAAACAAAAAAACCCAUAUUUCUUUGUAUCAUUCAGGAUAGGCUACAUUAUACUGAGGUUACAGAUAACCCCCAAAUAUCAGCAGCUUAUAAAAGCAAAAGCUUAGCUGGGUGCAGUGGCACACAUCCAGCAACUUGGGAGGCUGAGGCAGGAGGAUCACAAGUUCAAGGCUAGCCUGGGCAACUUAGCAAGACCCUGUCUCAGAAUAAACUAAAGAGGACUGGGGAUGUAGUUCAAUGGUAGAGGUGCCUCUGGGUUCAAUCCCCAGUACCACAAAAAUAAAUAAAUACAAAUAGAAUAAAAACAAAAGCUUAUAUCUCACUUAAGUUUCUUAUUCAUUGUGGACUGGCUGCAUCUCUGCUCUGUGUCAUCAUUCCAAGACUUCAUCAUUACAGGACCCAGGCUGAAGAAUUACCUGCAUGGGCAAUUCCCUCACCUCCUUCAAGUAUUUGCUCAUGUUACUUUUUCAACUAUGCUUCUCCUGACUUCCAUAUUUAAAAAUUGCAACACUCUCUCAUUUCCUUGGCACCUCCAAUUCCCCAUAUCCUGCUCUAUUUCCAUAUUGCUUAUCAUCAUCUUACAAAUUACUCAAUGUACAUUUUAUGUUUUAAUUUUUAUUGUCUGUCUAGAAAGUAACCUCCACAAUGAGAGAUUUUUGUCAGUUUUAUUCCUCCAUGUCUCCCAAAUGCUUAAGAGCAUCUGGCCACUAGUAGACGCUCUAUGAAUAUUUGUUAAAUGUUGAGAGCCACAGCCGAAGGAGCCCCAGCAAACCUCCAGCUGCCAGCAAACUUCCAGCUGCCGGCUGAUGAUUGGCUCACAGCGGCCCCAGCAACAUCUAGCUGAUUGGCUCCUCGGCCCCAGCAACAUCUAGCUGAUUGGCUCCUCUGCGGUGAUGCUCAUUGGGCUGUUUCCCUGCCCUUUCAGACCACGGAGCUGCUCAUUGGGGGACUUUUUUGGCUCCGCCCACGUGACCCAGCCAAUCGGCCUCAAGAGCAGGAGGAUUGUGGGAGGUGGAGAGAAGCUUGUGAGGGAGAGAGAGGCUUGUGGAAAGCCGGUGGUGGCAGUUGAGGCUCUGAGGGUUUUUCCUGAGAGGCUGUUUUGUUUGGCGUGUGUGGUUCUAAAAAUAAAGUUAGUUUCUUUUGACAAGUGGCUCCUGAUUGUGCCCAGCCUGACUGUGGCAUUUGGUGGCCCAUAUGGGGAACGACUGAGGAUGUAUAAGCUAGGCCUGCCAGCAGAUCCCAAGGAGGUGGCAGCCAUUGAAGCUAGAAGAAAUCGAGAAAAAGAACGACAAAGCCGAUUCUUCAAUGUGCGGAACCGAGUCAUGGUGGUGGAUGUUGAAGCCCUCAACAACCAGGAAGAGGAGAAAAAGCUUCGGGAGGCAACUGAGCAGAGCAAGGAUGCAGCUUAUGAUACUAAGCAGGUGCAGUAUGAUCUGGUAGCCCAGAUGCUAGAGAAGGAAGAGGCAGAACGGGCACAUCGACUGGCCAAGAAAAUCCAGGAUUUUCGGAAGCAGAAGCAGCAGCUCAAGAAAAGGCGUGAAUCUGACCCUUGGGAUCCAGACCGACUCCAGAGGGAGUUUCCAGUCUAUUUCAAUGACAGUGAUCCCUUCUAUGGCCAGGCCAGCAUGCAGUGCUUCUUUGGGGAGGACCUGGACAGGACCACAUACCUGAGAAUGCAGCAGGAGCAGUUCAGGUACAGCCUGGAGAGGCAGCUGCAGGAGCAACAGCAAGCCAGGGUUGAUGAGAAAUGUGCAGAUAUGCUCAAUGACCAGCUGCACUUAGCCAUGGACAUGCGGGCUGCCCACCUGGCCAGGGUAGAGGAGUCCUGUCGCGUGGCCAUGAUGUUUGCCAUGGCCAAUGCCAACAAAGCCCAGGCAGCUGAGCUGGCUGAGCGGCAGCGCCUUGAGCAUCAGCGCCAACAGGAGGCCAACCUCAUGAAGAUUCAGAACCAGGUCACCAGUGACUUUCUAACUGAGAACCCCCAAGUUGCCCAGAAUUCCAUGGCUCCCCACCGGGUUCUGCCCCAUUGCUGGAAGGGCAUGACUCCACAGCAGCGAGCCGCCAUCAGGAAAGUCCAGGAAGCACAGUGCCAUGAGAAGGAGGCACAGCACCAGGCUGAGCAAGCAUUGGAUACUGAAUGGGAAAGCCAAACCAUGCACCUGGCCCAGGCAGUGCAGGAGCUAGAAGAGCAGGAGAGAGAAUUGUGUGCAGAAUUUCGGAGGGGGCUGGGUUCUUUCAACCAGCAGUUGGCUAAGGAGCAAAAAGCCCAGCAAAAUUAUCUGAAUUCAAUAAUCUACACCAAUCAACCUACAGCCCAGUAUCACAGCUUCUGAGGUCAAGAUGGUCAUCUCUCUCUUCUCUCCUAUCAAGCUUACAGAUGCAAAUGCUACAUACCCCCACCUCUUACCUCUAAUCCAUUCCCCAAUGAGAGAGCUAAGACAAUAUCCCCACCUUCUACCCUAAGUAAUAAAGUUAUUCGCUAAAUUCAA